AUGGGAGCAGAAACGGACCCUGAGAAGCCUCCUCGUACAUCAAACCUGGCCCAACCAGCCUCCCCACCACUGCCCCCUUUGGCCCAACCAGCCUUCCACCACCACUGCCCCCCCUUUGGCCCAACCAGCCUCCCUGCUGCCCCGGCCUGGACCAACCAGCCUCCCCUCCGCCCCCACGCCCCGGCUGGCCCAACUCCCACCCUACCCCUUCACCCCAGUUGGCCCACGCAGCUUCCCUGCUGCCCCCACACCUUGACUGGCCAAACAGCAAACCCCGCCGCCCUGGCUGGCCCAACUAGCCUCCCCGAGACCCCGACUGAACCAACCAGCCUCCCCACCGCCCUGCGCCCUGGGCUGGCCCACCCAGCUCCCUUCACCCAGGCUGGCCCACCCAGCUUCCAUGCUGCCCCCAAGCCCUGA